AUGACUGAGCAAUAUGAAGUGCAAAAGUCUGGCCUUCUUCGUACACCACCAGCGUACAUUCGUACAUCCGCACAUAAUCGUCUCCCCCAUCGCAUGCUUGAAGCCGAAAACGCGGAGCACGAAACUUUUGCUGCAACGCAACGCGCCUUCUCCCAGGCAGCGACCGGCUAUACAGACGCCCAAUUAAACAUGCUUUCAUAUUCCGUCGAGGCAAAGCCGGGCUUUUCCCGUGAUGCCUGCAAGAGCCACCUCGGGCGCUUCGCUAUGUACCGGUGA